GAACCGCCUGGGGCCCCCCUGGCCCGCCUUGUCGGAGAGUUUGGCGGUCUGUUGUGUAAGCCUCAGCCCUUGUUUUCCCGGCCUGGCUCGUUGGGAAGCUGGACACAUCCACCCUUGGACUCAAUUCAAGAAGCUGCUGCUUUCCUCCUUGCCCCUCUUGGAUUUUGUGGAUUUUUGAAAACCCAGUGGCACGAGAGGAGGAGGAAGGAGGAAGGAGCAAAAACUUGGUGGGAAUGUGAUAGAGCCUUCUAUGGCCUGAGGAGCCAGAAGGAGCUGGGAGCCAGAGCUGCCGGUGUUCUGGAACCAUUUCCGAGUGAUUCUCUUUUGUUUUAGAACGUUGUUUCAGUGGAAAGUGGAAUUCUUACCCUCUCAGAGCUGACUUCUCCCAGUGACUUGACUUUUCUUCUGGGAGUGGGAGGAGGGAGAGACUCCCCUUCAGGGCUGCCAAGGGAAGGGAGGAAAACUAUGGGUAGGAGGUGUCCCUGCCCGCAGACUUGUGUUGGGAGAUGUGAUAGGGAAGUUUCUGGGCCAUGGGCACAGCUUUGAAGAGGAGACUGGAUAGCAUCUCUUGGUGCUGAGACCUGCAUUAGGGGCGGAGAGACUGAGCUGCUGGGGCAGGCCUUGGUUUGCUAGUACCUUCCUGGACACCUCAGUUCUGGGCAGGACCCUUUCCUCAUCUUUCUCUACCACUGGUCUAGCCAUGGCACUAAAAGGCCGAGCCAUCUAUGACUUCCACAGCGAGAACAAGGAGGAAAUCAACAUCCAACAGGGUGAGGACCUCGUCAUCUUCAGUGAGACCUCGCUGGACGGCUGGCUGCAGGGCCAGAAUAGCCGCGGUGAGAUAGGGCUCUUCCCCGCCUCUUAUGUGGAGAUCAUCCGUUCUGGCACUAGUAGCUUCAACCAUGCUGACUAUUCUGGCAGCCCUGCAGGCUCUCCAGGCACCCAAAUGAGCUUGUAUGACAGCCCCAGUGUGGCCAACCCUGGGAGUGGUGGGGGCAGUGGCUUCCUCUCAAACCAGGGUAGCUUUGAGGAGGAUGAUGAUGACGACUGGGAUGACUGGGAUGAUGGAAGCACAGUAAUGGAGGAGCCACGGGCUGGUGGGCUGGGCACCAAUGGGCACCCUCCACUUAACCUUUCUUACCCUGGUGCCUACCCCAGCCAGCACAUGGCCUUCCGGCCUAAGCCACCUCUGGAGAGGCAGGACAGCCUGGCAUCUGCCAAGCGAGGCAGUGUGGUGGGGCGCAACCUCAAUCGUUUUUCAUGCUUUGUGCGCUCUGGAGUGGAGGCCUUUAUCUUGGGUGAUGUGCCCAUGAUGGCUAAGAUCACUGAGACAUACUCCAUUGAAAUGGGCCCUCGUGGCCCCCAGUGGAAGGCCAAUCCCCACCCAUUUGCCUGCUCUGUGGAGGAACCCACCAAACAGACCAAAUUCAAGGGCAUCAAAAGCUACAUCUCCUACAAGCUCACACCCACCCAUGCGAGCUCCCCUGUCUACCGGCGAUAUAAGCACUUUGAUUGGCUCUAUAACCGCCUGCUUCACAAAUUCACUGUCAUCUCUGUGCCGCACCUGCCAGAGAAACAGGCCACAGGCCGCUUUGAAGAGGACUUUAUUGAGAAGCGGAAGCGGCGGCUCAUCCUCUGGAUGGACCACAUGACCAGCCACCCUGUGCUAUCCCAGUACGAGGGUUUCCAGCAUUUCCUCAGCUGCCUGGAUGACAAGCAGUGGAAGAUGGGCAAACGCCGGGCAGAGAAGGAUGAGAUGGUGGGUGCCAGCUUCCUCCUCACCUUCCAGAUCCCCACGGAGCAUCAGGACCUGCAGGAUGUGGAGGAUCGUGUGGACACUUUCAAGGCCUUCAGCAAGAAGAUGGACGACAGUGUCCUGCAGCUCAGCACUGUAGCAUUGGAGCUAGUGCGCAAGCAUGUAGGGGGCUUCCGCAAAGAAUUCCAGAAGCUAGGCAAUGCCUUUCAAGCUAUCAGUCAUGCCUUCCAGAUGGACCCCCCCUUUAGCUCUGAGGCCCUCAACAGUGCCAUUUCUCAUACGGGCCGUACUUAUGAAGCUGUUGGCGAGAUGUUCGCUGAGCAGCCCAAGAAUGACCUCUUCCAGAUGCUUGACAUGCUGUCUCUCUACCAGGGUUUACUCUCCAACUUCCCAGACAUCAUCCAUCUGCAGAAAGGCGCCUUUGCCAAGGUAAAGGAGAGCCAACGCAUGAGUGACGAGGGCCGCAUGGUGCAGGACGAAGCAGAUGGCAUUCGCAGGCGCUGCCGUGUGGUGGGCUUCGCCCUGCAAGCUGAGAUGAACCACUUCCACCAGCGCCGUGAGCUCGACUUCAAGCACAUGAUGCAGAGCUACCUGCGCCAGCAGAUCCUUUUCUACCAGCGGGUAGGCCAGCAGCUGGAGAAGACGCUGCGCAUGUACGACAACCUCUGAUCUCGAGUACUUGGCCCCACCCUGCCUUUGGCCUGGUCACUGCAAGUGUAUUCUGGUUUCCAGACCUCCCGUAUCAGCAGCAGCUGAGCUGGGGGUGGGCUCUGGGAGAGUCAUGGUUACCCCUGGGGAAGUCCCUUACCCUUUAGAGGUCGGGGCAUAGCAGGGUUGAGAAUUGGGCCAGGAACCUUCCAGGCUGAGGCCUAGGCUGCUGGUCAGUCACUUCAGGCCAGGCCAGGUCUUAGCCAACCCUAGAGCCUUCAGAGCUUGUGCUCCUGGCUACCACCUGUUCGUUCACUCAGCAGACACUGGGGCCUGCUGUGGUCCUGGAUCAGAUGCUGGACCCCAGAGCUGUGACACUCCUGCCCUCAAGGGGUCCACGGUUAAGGUGGGGAUCAGACACACAAACGGAUGUGGGCAGCACAGAAUGACAAAUAGUAAAUACAGGGUUCCUGGAAGCUCACAGAGAAGACCAUGCAUUUUACCUGUCAGGGAAGACUCCAUGGUGUAGGUGACAUUCAAGUGAUAUCUUAAAGAAUGACAAGGACCUACCAGAUUAUAAAUGAGGGCACUAGAUGGAGAACAUUUAGAAGAGAGGUAUAGCAUGAGCAAAGGUGUGGAGGCAUGAAAACAUCCUUCCUCUCCCCCUCACUUUUCCCAAGCAAGUUUGCUUCCCUACCUUGGUGGGAAGGGAUCUUCCUUGCUCCCUUGUCAUCCUUGUCCUUGCCCCUGCCCCACACCCACCCGCUGUGGGAGGGGCUGCAGGCCAACUCCCUCCUGACCCCCAUUCACCUGCUAAGCCCCUAUUGCCCCUGGUUAAAGACAGUGCAGCAUCUCUUUCCCCUGGGCUCCAGGUGCUAAGACAAGUCAAGGACUCCAGGACCCUGCUGCUGUCUUCCUGGAGGGGAUACCCAAAAGGUACCAGAUAUUUGAGUUCACCAGCAAUAGCUCCCCACACUCUAGCAGGCUCACACCCCAGGCUCUUAAGGUUCUUGACCCUAUGAAUCCUGGAAUCCUUCCUGGUGCUUAGUGGGAAACCCAAGGGGAAAAGAUAGGCUGGCCUGCCCACCACCCCAGGGACCCUGGGCCCACCCACCUAUGGCCAGCCUCACUGCAGUGCCUACCUGGGUUCUGGCCAGUUGUGCUGUCUCCCACCCAUGUUUACCUCCUCAGUGGGGCUACUCCCACCCUCGGGCCAGGGCAUGGUCCAGCAUUGGAUUGAGUGGAACUAAAAGGUGCCACUGCUAGCCCCUCCAGGAGGUCAUGGCCAUUCCUGGCUGCUGCUGCUUGAAUAUUUUCUCUUUUUUUUCUUGAUAAACUUUCUACAAUUAAGAUAACAAAAACAUGACUUUUUUAUUUAGAUCCCAGAGAGGAUAAGGGUGGGGGAAGUAUAGAAUCCUAAUUGUCCCAGAGGAACAAAAUUUACUCCAGAACCUCAAAGUUAGGGGAAGGGCUGUACUGGUGGGAGGUGCUAUCUGGGGACUGAGAGGUGGCCAAGGUCCCCAGCUGGAUGCACACCCUUCCCAGACCUCAUUCAUAUCUCACCAACUGGAGCUCUGCCAGGGGUUUGGUUCUGCUGCUCUGAUCUAGGGUUAAAGGUCACAUGUGGAAGGCAUGGGAGGCUAUGUCCCAGGACAGUCUAAUCUCUGGGGUUCCUCUCCCCAGGGAGACCCCAGUCCAGAAGGGGGUGGAGCUCAGAAACUGUGUUCUUUCCCAGGCAGUCCUGGGUAUCCAACCAUGCGGUAGCUUCCAUGUUGGAAACUGAGGAGUACUCUCCAGCCCUGCCCUUGGGGUUAGUGGGAGGCAGCAUGAACAGGAAUCUUCACACAGGGAAAGAGGAACAUGGUGAAACCACGGUGCUCUUUCGGGGCACUGGGGACUUGGUGGAGGGAGGAGUGCUGUGGUCCAGGCAGCAGGGGAGGCUUUGGCCAGGCCAGAGGCCCAGGAGCUUGGGGCAGUGAGAUGAGAAAAGGAAUGGCGGGUGCAGUAGGGGAGGGGGCAGCAAGGGCUCCCCAUUCAGGGCAGAACGUUGUGAGAGGAACUUCUGGAACGGGCCAUUGACCCUGCAUCAACAUUAGGUCAGAUUUGGGACUUUCCAUGGAACUUUCCCUGCCUUCCUCUCUGCCCUCCUUCCCUCAUUUCCACUCCCUCUGAGGACCUUUCCUACCUUAAUCUUUUCUUAGCUUUUUUGACCUUCAGGUCCCUUUUGCAGAGGGCUAUCUGACCACAGCAAAGGGACUGCGGGGAGUGGGAGGUUGGUGGCUCCUUCUCGAGGUCAAUCUGGGUGGGAUGGAAAUGCUCUUAAACCCACAGUGCCUGGAAAGUCCCUGUUCUUGCUUCCUGCCCUGGACUGCCCUCUUGUAUCCCUUCCUUGAGAAGGGACCGUCUCCCACACUUCCCACCUCAGGGUGAGGGAGCCAUCCCUAGAAGAAGAACCAGAGUAUGAAGUCUUGGAAUGGCCCAGGCCUACUCCAGGCAUCCUGAGAUCUCUAGGCUGAGAUAUUCUGUAUGUGGUGGGGGCUGAGAAUAUCACAGCUCCACUCUCUGGUUUCCUUCUAUGUGUGGGUUGGGGUGUUGGGGGAAUUUGAAAUCUGGUGAUCUGGGGGAAUGGUGUGGGGAGUACCCUGGUGGUGACAUGGCUUGCUGGCUGCCCUCAGUUACAUGCCAGGCAUGUGUUCCAGAUUGCAUUGGGCUAAGCUGCCUCUAGUUCCCUCUCUCAUUUGCUCUGGGAGCAGUGGAAAACAAGGUCUCUCUGCCCUGGGCAACCCCAGGACUUGAGCAUUUGGGACCCCUGAUACCCAGUCUUGGCCCAAUCCAGGGAAGGAGUCUGUUUUGUGGCCAUAUGUCGGGGGUUGAGGGGAGGUGGUUUCAGAUCCUGCACCCUGCUGUUUCCUGGACACGGGAAGUCUGAACCACUGUGCCACGUCUGUAGGAGAACAGGGGCUGAGGGAGACAGGUGGUCCCAGGCCCAGCUCACCACUGCCCCUCUAUCCUGUGACACAGCCACAGGGUCAUCCACCCAUCCAUGUGGUCCCAGACACUUUGGCCCAACCCAAAGCAUGCAUAGCCACACACAGCUGUACAAUUCCUCCACAGACACGUAAGUCAAACCUGGUGAUAUGCACACGUAUGCAAGGUCAUGUGCUCUCACAGUUGUACUCCUAGCCACAGUGCCACACACUCACAUUCACAGCUACGUCCACACAUGUCUUCUGUUCACAGCGUCAGUCUCAACUGUGUCAUCACUCAACAGCCAUACCCUCAUACACACAUACUGCCACAAAGUCACACAUGCACAUAGCAGAGGUGUCACACACAUGUAGCUGUACCUGGGCUGCACCCGUACCACCUUCUGGGGGAGCCAGCUAGGUCAUCCAUCACCCGACACCACCGUGUUCAGCUCUUCAUGCACACACAAGGAACUUGAGGUCUAGUGGGGAGGUGGAAGUUGGUUGCAUCACCCAGUGUCCCCAGGGAAUGGGAGAUGCUUCAGGGCAGUGCUCAGCUCCCUAUAGGCUCUGUGGCUUGGCUUUUUUUACCGCCCCCCCCGCCACCCCACCCCACCUAGUCCAGUCCGUAGGUUCAAGCUGCCUCUGACUUUCCCUGGCUGAAGCCGCCAAACAAAUUUCUCCAGGCAUCUCCCAUUUCUUGAACCAGAGCUGAGGCUGCUGUGUCUAUAAGAGCAGGAUCCAGGAUGCAGUGAUCAGAGCCCAGGCCUUGGGCUGGAGGAACAUUCCUGCACCAUCUCCCCAAGCAUGCGAGGACUGGGCCCCGCCCUGCCUGCCUUCCCGCUGACUCAGACCUCCGGGAGCCAAGCCUGCUCAGCUCCCUGCCUCUCUCCGCUAAAACUGCUUCCCCACCAGUUCGGCUCUGGUACCUCUCUCCGUGGGGAAGGUAGAAAGAGACAGUGAGCCCUGGUAAAAAAUUCACAAGGAAUGAUAAAAAAUUCACCUCCCCAAGUCUUAGCUCAGAAAGGACAAUUGUGAAAUGCCCCCUUUGGGGUUCAAAGUAGCUUAACAUAAGCCUUUUUUCCUUGGGUUUUGUUUUGUCAGUCAAGGCUCAAUGCAAUCCAGUCUGUUUAACAAGCAGUGUCUCACACAGCUGUGGCCUCCUUGAUCCUUACAGCAGUCUUACUUAGGUAGGCAUCAUCAUUCCAUUUCAUGGGCAAGAGACCAAGACUUGGCCAGAGGGAGGAUAGGACCUGCCUAGACUCACACGAGUCAGGCCUCUAGGCUCGAAUCCAGCUUUCUGGCUUCAUUCCUUAAAAUAAGUCCUUUAGGUUUGAAGGAAGAGGCGGUGACAGAUUUCUGCUCUAGAGGAGGGAAAGAAUGGGAAGUCUGAUGAGCUCAACAGCAGAAAUAUAAAGGGGUUUGAGGGUAGGUGGGCCCUGCCAGACCCCACAGAUGAAGAGGCUGACAGCAGCAUCGCACAGAGGGAACUUGGACUCCGUUACAGAUGAACGUCUGAGGAGCAUCGCUUCAUUUUUCUAUAGCUAACCUGAAUUCCUUUCUUGCUUUUUCAUUGCCCCACAUGUUAGAAAAUUAAUCUCAAAUCAAUAUGAGGACCACUUCUUUCCUGAAGGAUGCAUCUACGUUUUGGGGGUGGCACAUUUGAAGACCAUAGGCAGGCCCCUGGCACUUUGAAUUUUAGAGGCUGAGCCCCACACUGUGUCACACAGGAAAUUUUGCUGGCAUUCCACAUUAAAGUCAU